CCCCUACACACGGGCAAUCCACGCCGCGGAUCGGGAAACGGUGACCGACGACCCCAUCCGGCCAUCUUAUUAGUAGCACCUACGGCACAAGGCAACAACGCACGCCUCUCCCAGCGCCCAAACACUCCGCUCGGCUGCUAGCUGCGCGUCCAUACAAACGCAGUUACGCGCACAAGUACAGAACCGCCCCCUCCUCUUCCGGGAGGCCGGCCGGCCGGCCAGCCCGCUCCUCCCCUCCCACCCACCUCUGUCCUUAGCAUGGUGAGGGACACCGGCGGCGCCCUGCAGCUGCUGGCGGUGCUUCUCCUCGUCCUGGCGUCCGAGCUCGCCACCUUCAGCUGCGGCCACAGGAUCCCCAGGGCGGACGUCGCCGCCUGGAAGCGCGGGGCGACGCCGACGGGACGCACGGCGUCCACCACGACGACGACGACGGCCACUCGUGCCGGCGGCGCGGCGGCGGCGGCGCUCGGCGACUCCAAGAGGCUGGUGCCGCAGGGGCCGAACCCGCUGCACAACUAGCGCCGCGCAGGUUCUUCCUCGCUCCCAUUUUUCUCGCGCGGAAGAACGCCGGCUAUCUAGCGAGCGACUGAGUAGUGUGUGGACGAUACAAUCACAUAUGCAGUGAUGUAACUGUAAUUAGCUAGCCCAUUAGAUCGAGCUCCGGAGAUUGCAUCCAAAGAAAUAGUGUAAAUUACAUGUACGAUGUAUCUUCUUCUUCCUCCAUGAUUUUCACUACUUCUUUGGAGCAAAGAUCUGAAACAGCAGGACAAUUAUUGAUUGACUGAUUGA